GGCAAAACGAUGACUUCAUGAUUUCCAUCGGUGGCUCGUACGGCACUCGUACUGUGUAUUGGGUUAGCCUUGAGACUCAAUUCCAAAAUCCAUACCCUCACCUGAGUUGUUCUUUUACCUUGAUAAACCCCUUUUCCGCCGUAUUCAAAGCUGUUGAAUACGACACCUCCCCACGCCUCCGGACUCGGCUCUGUCUGCCCGUCUUCCUCCGCCGGCCCUCCGUGUCUCUCGCAAAUCACACCACUUCCAACACCACCACAGCCGCCAUGUCCACAGUGAAGAAGCUCGUUGUCUGCGGAGGCUCUGGCUUUCUAGGCUCCCGGAUCUGCCAGUUCGCCGUGGCCCGAGGCUGGGAUGUGACCUCCGUCAGCCGCUCCGGCGAGCCCCAAUGGGACUCCGUCACCUCCUCCGCCGCGCCACCUCCUUGGGCGCACAAGGUGACGUGGGAACGCGGCGAUAUCCUACGCCCCGCCACGUAUGCGCCGCUGCUCAAUGGCGCCGACUUCGUCGUCCACAGCAUGGGCAUUCUGCUUGAGGCCGACUACAAAGGCGUUGUCUCCGGCAAGGAAUCGCCCAUCGCCGGCCUGGCCAAGGCCUUUGCUCCCGUGCGUGAUCGGGGCGUCGACCCAUUGGCGAGAAAGGAGGGCGAGGACAUCAAGCCGCCCAACCCCAAGGACCAGUUCUCAUACGAGAUCAUGAACCGAGACAGUGCCAUCACCCUCGCCAAGCACGCCGCCGCCGCCAACGUGAGUUCAUUCUGCUACAUCUCGGCCGCCGGCGGAGCACCUGUUCUCCCUGCGCGGUACAUUUCUACCAAGCGACAGGCCGAGACUACCAUCGCCAACAGCUUCCCUGAACUGAGGAGCCUCUACAUUCGGGCUCCCUUCAUGUUCGACAGCUCGCGCACCCUCACCGUGCCAUUGGCUGCCGUGGUCGGCUUGGGCACCAUGUUCAACGGUAUCACCGGUCACUAUUUCAAAAGCCUCAUGGGCGCCGCUGGAAUCAAGCCGCUCAAGGUCAGCACCGUCGCCGAGGCCGUGGUGGAGGCGUUUGGCGAUGAGACGAAGCGCGGGGUUGUGGAGGCUGCCGACAUUGAGGAACUGGCAACUCAGUCUUGGAGAAAGACAAUGCUGUAAGAUCUUAAUUGUGCUGUAACAAACGCUAGACUGUACAAUACCCCCCGAGAGGACUAAAUCAAAUACAAAAAUCUAUG